AUGUCGGGCAGCGUCGUCAGGCCAGACCGCUGGACGCAACACCGCAAGACCCUCGCGUUCCUGGCGUGCACGACGAUGAUCGCGUCGGUCCUGGCGGUGGCGCUGCCCCUCGCGCCGGAGUUCCUGUUCUGGCCGAACCUCUUCGUCUGCUUCGUCGCCGCCGGCGGCGUGUACCCUGCGGCCCAAGGCAUCAUCAACAUCGCCCUGACCUCCUCCCGCGUAAUUGAGGCAUCUGUUUACCAGGUGCAGUGCAACAAUAUCCUUUUCGCAAUGCCGUUGCCCUGGCUGAUCGGCAAGGCAGUCGACGAAUUCGACAUAGGAAAGUCUUUCCUUUUGGUCAUACUCCUGCAGGUAGUGGCUGCCGCGGGCUUCUGCUUCGCGAUCUCGUUCGUGGUCUGCACCGAG